AUGGAUUUCUCGCGGUUCCUGUCGGAUGACUUCGAGGUGAAGAGCUGGGUGAACGCGGCCUUCCGGGCCGUGCAGCAGGAGGCCCCCGGCAAGGUGGACGCCCACGCCGCUACCCUGGUGAUGAAGCUGCAGCUUUUCAUCCAGGAGGUCAACAACGCCGUGGAGGAAACAAGCCAUCAAGCUCUCCAAAACAUGCCCAGAGUCCUUCGGGAAGUGGAAGUCUUGAAGCAGGAGGCGACGUUCCUGAAGGAGCAAAUGAUCCUUGUGAAAGAAGAUAUCCAGAAAUUUGAGCAAGACACAGCUCAGUCAAUGCAGGUACUGGUGGAGAUUGACCGAGUGAAGUCCCGGAUGCAGCUGGCUGCUGAGUCCCUUCAGGAAGCAGACAAAUGGAGCACGCUAAGUGCAGACAUUGAAGAGACCCUGAAGACACAGGAUGUGGCUGUGAUCUCGGCCAAGCUGACGAGCAUGCAGAGCAGCCUGGCCAUGCUGGUGGACACCCCAGACUACUCUGAGAAGUGUGUGCACCUGGAGGCGCUGAAGAACCGGCUGGAGGCCAUGGCCAGCCCGCAGAUCGUGGCUGCUUUCAACUCCCAGGCUGUGGACCAGGCAAAAACCUUUGUUAAAGUCUUCACUGAAAUUGAUCGGAUGCCCCAGCUGCUUGCUUACUACUAUAAGUGUCACAAGGUGCAGCUGGUGGCAGCAUGGCAGGACCUGUGCCAGAGUGACUUGAGCCUCCAUCACCAGCUGACUGAGCUGUAUGACACCCUCCUUGGCAGCUGGCACUCACAGCUGCAGUGGGCAUCACAGGUUUUCAAGAACCCCCACGAAAUCGUGACUGUGCUGCUGAUCCAAACUCUGGGAGCGUUGGUGCCUUCCAUCCCUGUCUGCCUCAGCACUGCCCUGGAGAGAGCAGGCCAAGAAACCAAGCUGAGCAAGCUGCUGGAGCUCUACGGUGCCACCGCCCACUUCGCCAGGGGGCUGGAAGUGGCCAUGCUGCCAAACCUGAAGGAGCUGAACCUGGUGAAAGUGACAGAACUGGUGGAAGCAGUCUAUAGUCCAUACAAGCCCUACCAACUUGAGUAUGGAGACCUGGAAGAAGAGGAUCUCCUCAUCCAGAUCAGUGCAAUGCCCUUGGAGCAUGGGGAAGUGCUUGACUGUGUCCAGGAACUGAGCCACUCAGUCAGCAAGCUCUUCAGCCUGGCGUCUGGAGCCAUCGACAACUGCGUUCAGCUGACCGAUGGCCUGGGAGCCUGUGGGCUCCUCAAGGCCCUGAAGGCUCUCUUCACAAAGUACACAUCUGACUUCACAAACACCCUGCAGUCUAUACGGAAGAAAUGCAAACUGGAUGAUGUCCUCUCAGAGUCCCUUUUCCAGGAGGACUGGACUGCAUUCCAAAACUCUGUCAGGAUAAUUACUACUUGUGGUGAGCUCCUUCGUCAGUGUGGAGACUUUGAGCAGCAGCUGGCCAACAGGAUUUUAUCCACUGCUGGGAAGUAUCUCUCAGACUCCUACAGCCCUUGCAGCUUUUCUGGCUUCCAGGAUGCCAGCUCUGCAGAAAAGAAGAGCUCAGUGAGGAAUCCCUGGCAGGAAUACAAUUAUCUUUUGAAGGAGAACCCCUCUGAGUAUGCCAGCCUCAUGGAGACACUUUACACUCUGAAGGAAAAAGGCACGAGCAACCACAACCUGCUGUCCUCCGCCCGCGCCGCCCUCAGCCGCCUCAACCAGCUGGCUCACCACCUGGCCUUUGACUCCGUUUUCCUUCGCAUCAAACAGCAGCUGCUGCUGGUUCCAAAGAUGGAGGGUUGGAAUUCUGGUGGCAUUGGUGAGACCCUGACAGAUGACCUGCCAAACUUCAGCCUGACUCCUCUGGAAUACAUCAGCAAUAUUGGGCAAUACAUUAUGUCGCUUCCUCUCCACCUCGAGCCGUUUGUCACUCAAGAAGAUUCUGCUUUGGAGCUGGCCUUACAUGCUGGAAAACUGCCCUACCCCCCAGAGCAAGGGGAUGAGUUACCAGAGCUGGACAACAUGGCUGACUACUGGCUGGGCUCCAUCGCCAGGGCGACGAUGCAGACCUACUGUGAGGUCAUCCUGCAGAUCCCAGAGCUGACUGCACACUCCACAAAGCAGCUGGCCACUGACAUUGAUUAUCUCAUAAACGUGAUGGAUGCCCUGGGCCUCCAGCCUUCCCGAGCACUGCAGCACAUCGUGGUCCUGCUGAAGGCAAAGCCAGAGGAGUACCGGCAGGCUGCCAAGAGCCUGCCCCGACGCACAGCCAGCAGCAUCGCCGCCAUGCGAGGCCUGGAGUGGUAG